CUUCCCCGCGAACCAGCACCCGCCGCUCCCUCAACACCCCAUCUAACGGCAUCUCUCUGCGUCGGCGCAAUAUCGCAGGUCGAUUUUGCUUCGCCCGCCCCCUAUCUCCGCGCGCCUCUGCGAUAGCCCGCCUCUCGGUCCGCAAGCGUGAGCAACAAAUUCAACCCCGUCGCAGCCUCUCUGGGCCAGCGUCAUGGCCGCCUACAACUCUAUCCCGGCCUUGUCCGCUGGUGCGGCAAACAACAAUGGCAUCAACUUGGGUCACCAAGGCCCCCAGGGCAUGUCCAUGGACACCUUUGACCAGAACUUGACGUUUGACGAUGCUUUAAUUGAUACCAGUGGCUUGCAGGCCAUGCCAUUUACACCUGCGUACGACUUUGAGCACUUUGCGCCUACCUUCGAAGACCCCUUCUCCUACUCAGCUAGAAGCUACGAGCCUGUCCAGAACCAAGAUACGCUCAACGAAGAAUCAUCGCCACAGGAGCUGGAUAACAAGCUCCUUGGAUUUUCUGAUCCUACCAUCACUGCUUCUGUCGCAGAUGAGAAUGGCAAGUUUGUAGAUAUCAACAUGACGGCUGAACUCUACGGCAUGUUCUUUGUCGCCGAAGAUGUCUUUGGCGGUGAAACUGCCGGUCGUCCGCUAGAACUGACCUGCUACCGCCGAAAUCUAUGGCAAUGCUCUGGCCAGCUGACUCUACCAAGAUCUAUUUCAAAUAUUGUUGACGAACAAGGCCGCCAAAUUCCCAUUACUGAGCUCUCUGCGUCAAUUUCGGCAUUGGAGUCCAUUGAAGGAAAGGCGACAGAAAUCAUAUCGAUACCAUGGAAGAGCUCAAAUCCACAGAAUGGCGAGGAGAAUAAAAUCGCCGGAGCACCACCCAGUGUCAACUUGGAUCUGACAAGCGGACAAGAGUUGGACGCUAACCGAGUCUCCAUCGGCGUCUCUUGGAAACGGCUACAAUUCAAACACGCCACAGCCAACAAUGGCCGCAGAAAGGGUCUUCAGCAGCACUAUGUUGUCCAAAUCAGUCUUUCCGGAAAGACAAAAACCGGCGAAUACAUCAAAAUUGCCGAAAUUCAGUCUGGCCCGGUCAUCGUUCGAGGACGCAGUCCCCGAAAUUUUGAUAGCAGAAAGGACGUCCCAUUGACGGCAGACAAUAAACGCGCCGAAAGGAAGAACACUAUGAGCUCCGAUGCGGGGAGCCUCAAGCAAGAACGAGAGGCGCUGCAGGCUGCCAUGCAGCGAUUUCCGUCCAUUUCAGGGAAUAACGUAGCGGUUUCAUCCGAUUGGGCAACACCGCAGCCAAUCUCGCAGCCAAACCAGAGCCCGCAUCCGUCCAAGCGAGUAGCCAUGUCACCGAGCAGCGCAAAACCACCUGUACCUGCAUGGGAGCAAGCCCAGGCAACCAAGAUUGCUCUUCCCACAAAUCAAUCGCAGCGCGGCUCUGUGUCACGCCAAAACACGGGCGCUCCGAUCAACCUAUCGUUGUCUGAGGACGAACGAAGUCCGAAUCGAUCGAGCGCCGAGCUGCAGAGCCCCCAGCUCGGCAAGUCUCACCCCGCCGUAGGACAGAAUCUAGUCAGCAGCCCGAUUGAUGAGGUUGACCCGCUGUACGAAUACUUCCCGCUCACCGUUGACGAUUGGAUGCCGCCCGUCGAUGCCGUCUAUCGCCCUCAUGUGGUCCACCACACAGCCAUCAACCCCGAGGCCAAGGCACAGAAGGCGCAAGGCAAAUCAAAGCGAUAUUUUGCGGCAGAGUGAAAAAAGGGAAAAACAAAAAUAAGGAAAAUUCAGCCCAAGCCUUUUAACGCAACGGCACAACAGUUGUAUCAUUAUACCCCCCGUUACAUAAACCAGUCCGGUAGUUCAGUGGCCGCCGCCGGCAUCGGCAUGCACAGUUUACAUUGUUCCCCGCGGCUUGACGGCGCUUUCUUUCUUCUUUUUUUGUUGUAUUGCGCUUGGCGCUAAAUUUGCCAGGUUGAGGAUUUUGCAUGGAGUUUUUGAACGGUGUGUGAACAGUGGGAUGGAUAUAGCCCUUUUCUUUCAAAUACAUAUUACAAAACAAAUCCGAGUCUGUUGACAUCCACCCCAACAUCCACACGUGAGCUUUAGCAUAGCACAGCCAGUGACAAUACGUAAAAAGAUGAUUUUAAUUUAUGUAUCAAAAAAGGAGCUCUACUGAAAUACAACGUUUUUUAUGGUAUAAAAGGUGAAGAAGUGAAGAAGACAUGGACCGCGUAAUAGCCGAAACUAGCAAGUAGAAGGGGCUUUGUGUUGGGUUCCUCGCGAAAGCCAACAAAGAAUGGGCACACCGAGGCCGACAAGGAGCAAAGGGUCAAUCGUAGCGUGAAUUGAGGCACUGCUCAGCCUAGGCGGUGCCGCUGCAACAUACUCUUUUCUUAGGCGUUACAACGGCUCUUAUUCGUUGAGCUUGGGUGUGAGCCUUUGGUUGAGAGAAGGCUCGGGGAUGCGAGAAGCCAUGCGGUCCGGGACAAGCUCGGGGGAGACAGAUCGAAUAGGGUACUCCGUGGCAGGAGUAGCGCGGAGGAGCUGCGAGGUGGUGGGCUGAGGAGCGUGGAUGGUAGGAGAGUCGACAGCGUCGAUGCGAGUCUUGAUCGUGGGGGCGUUACCAGUGCGGGCCUUGGAGGGAAGGAUCUGCUCGAAACCAGCCUCGCGGGCAACCUUUUCGAUACUCUUGAAGUACUGUUUGGUCGUGUUAGCAAAUGAGAACAGGAUGCAGAAUUGGAGUGGCAGAUUGUGGGCUUACCUUGACAGUCUUGACCUGGAGCUCGAGGGUGGCGUCCUCAUCGACGACAAUCAUGGGGUGAGGGUGCAGCUGGAGAGAAGACAGAGUCCACAUGUGGUUGACACCCUGCUCAAUGCAGCGCUGGAGGGCAAGAGACUUGCGCUGGCCAAGAAUGAUGACGACAACUUCGCGAGCCUCCAAGACGGUCUGGACACCGACGGUGAGGGCCAUGCGGGGGACCUUGUUGAUGUCAUUGUCGAAGAAGCGCGAGUUGGCAAGAAUGGUGUCGUAGGCAAGCGUCUUGACACGGGUACGACUGGCAAGCGAGGAGCCGGGCUCGUUGAAGGCAAUGUGGCCAUCCUCACCGAUACCGGCAAGGAACAGAUCGAUACCACCAACAGCCUUGAUGGCGUCCUCGUAAGCGACGCACUCGGCCUCAAGGCUCUGAGCGUUACCAUCGAGGAUGUGAACGUUGGAAGGGUGGACGUUUACGUGAGAGAAGAAGUUGUUCCACAUGAAAGAGUGGUACGACUCCUUGUGGUCGCGAGGAAUACCGACGUACUCGUCCAUGUUGAAAGUGACGACAUUUUCAAAAGAAAU